AUGGCUCUUCCAAUUCAGAACCUGAUGGAUAUGGGCAGUAUGGAUCACGGAUCAAGCAGCUCGAUGAAUGACAGCAGUGCUUCAUCCAUGUCCAUGAGCAUGGGCGAUGGAUGCAAGAUCUCCAUGCUCUGGAACUGGUAUACUGUCGAUACGUGUUUCUUAUCUGCCACAUGGCACAACAAGACCAGAGCGAUGUUUGCGGGAUCUGUCAUUGGCGUCUUCUUCUUGACCAUCGCUAUCGAGUUUGUCCGACGACUCGGUAGAGAGUUUGAUAGGCGAUUGGUAGCUGCAGCGAGGGUCAGAGCGAGUCUUGGGCAAUCGACUUCCGCUCCGAACUCUGAAGAUAACCUUAACAAGAAUCUGGGAUCGGCUGAAGGUACUUCUUUCGUGUACACCCCAACUUGGGGUCAUCAAGUCCUCCGAGGAUUGCUCUAUGGAUCACAGUUUGCAGCUGCAUUCCUAGUGAUGCUCCUUGGAAUGUACUACAACGGAUACAUGCUCUUCGCCAUAUUUCUCGGUCAAACCACAGGAUACAUCAUCUUUGGCAGAGACACUUGCACAUGCACCAUCGAUCACGUCACUACGGGUCAUUGCUGUUGA